AUGGUUUUUUCCUUGUUUUCAGCAUCUGGGAAGUACUCGGUUGUCGUAACUGGAGGAAAUGCUAAUGUUGGGUACAAAGCGAAAAUGAACUUUUACCGUGGACAGCGAAGAGGUUAUUCUACAGGUUUAUCAACACGAACGACAACAACGAGGAUCACCGACCCAGGGCAGUUAUUAAAAGAUAUUCCAGCUUCUGUUCUCAGUGAAGUUGUUAUGCACCUCAAUAACCCCAGCCCACUCAGAAAUAACUGGAAGGCAGUAGCAGCUGAACUCUCGCUAAGUUUCCAAACUGUACAGAGCUUAGAUCACCAUGCUCCGGGUGGAAUGAUGGAAGGGGUGCUUCAAAUAAUGUUCCAGAGAAAAAUGACGGUCCGGGAUUUGGCUAAUAUGCUGGAGGAAAUUCAAAGACCUGACAUAGUUGAGAUCUUGGUCAAAGCUGGCUUACCAGAGAACAACAUCCGGCAAGAGAAAACGAACGGCGAUGGGAAUUUGAAUAGACCCUGCAGCAGCAACAAUGUGCAAGAUGGAAGCAAAUUAUCACAAGAUGGUACCAGCCAUACAUCAAGCAUUACACACAUUGUGAAUGGCUGCAAGCAAACGUACAAUCACAACCAGAACAUGCAGACAAGAAGGGAACAAGAAGCCGAGCAGAACAAGCAGACAACAAGGGAACAAGAAGCCAAGCAGAACAUGCAGACAACAAGGGAGCAAGAAGCCAAGGAGAACAAGCAUACUAGAAGGGAACAAGAAGCCAAGGAGAACAAGCAACCAGCAAGGGAUUCUUUAGACACUGGGAGUGGUGCUGAAGCUAGAAAGAUCACAAACGCUGGUGAGUGUGGUGACCCUUGUGCCGACAAAUCUACAGAUUUUCAAGGACAAACUAGCAACGGCAUUAUCUUCGAGGAAUUUGUGGGCAGGUCGCAACAUGGAUCAUUGAACUACGGUAUUCCGAUAGAGAGGUCUGUUGAAGAAAGCAAUGAAGCUGUAGUAGGCAUGAAUGACAGUGGUGGAAGUUCUAUCGUUGAUAGAAUAGCUGCCUUCAUAGUUAAUGCCUACUCAGGGUCAUGUGGCAGGCUUAGAUUCAGAGAAAAUUAGUUAUUUGUCUUCAUUUCCAAGAGUUCAGUCAAUCUUUUAACGUUGGUACUGAACAGCUGAAAAAAAUUUAGUAAUCAUGCUCUUCUCGCUGGUUCAAAAAGGUUCCUCUAGCCUCUUGGCCCUGUUCACCAUUACAUUAUUAGGUAUAAAAUGGAACGGGUCAGUCAGUAUUAAGCUAGCUCAGUUGGUCACUUUUGAGAAUGUUAAAAAGGUCAGUCAGUUAUAUGUAUCGGGAAACUACAAAUACUAUUGCAGCAAAUAACGUAGGUUGCAUAAAGGUGGAAAUUUCCUCAUCUGACAUUGUAGGAUGCGUCCGAUUGAACGUACACUACUUGUAUUGAAGUCGAAACUUUACUGUUCUUAAUAUUUACAAUUUUUAUCAUCUUUAAUCAUCACUGUAUUGAACAUAAUACAGCGGAAAAUGAUAUAAACAUAAAUUUGAAUCAAAGAGAUUGCUUUAAAAUGUAGAACAAAUACAUAUAUCUAAAUUUAAAAAAAGUUGUAUCGUAAGACCUGAUAUCGAAAA